AUGGUGCCAAGCGCCGCUGCGAUCCGAGCGUGGGUCUUCCUCGCCGGUGGCCUCGUUGCCUUGUACCUGCUAGGUCCAUUGCUGCAGGCUGUCUUUAUGCGUAUCGUGGUCGUCGCCGUCUGCAUCUUGCUCCUCGCUGCCGUUCUCAACCCGACGGAUCUCUCGUUUGCGCAUUGGGCAGCAACGCAGGUCAACCAAGGCCGUGUCGUGCCAAGCUCGUGGUUCAAGUCGAUCGUCGAAAGCGUUCUACCGGGUCCCGACGAAGCGACAUGGCGAUGGACCCGAUACAAUCUCGUCUUUCUGAGUCUCGUGCACGUGGCGGCCAUCGAGCGGGACGCCAUCGGUGUCUUUGGCCUUUGGUUCUGGGCCGACUCGAGCUACGUUCUUGCCUCGCUCUGUCGGACGUACCGCCCAUGGGCAGCCGCACUCACGAAUGGCGGCCAAGCUUCGGGCACGCAAGCCCACUCGAGCGCGGCCGUCGCACCGGCCUCCGAGCACGAAUGCCGCUCGCUCGCUGUGGAGAAACGAAAGAGUGGGCAGUUUGCCCAAGCGUACGAGAAGUACAUGGAAGCCGCCGACCUCAGCAUCAACCCGCUGGACCAAGCGCUGUACCGACUCGAGGCUGCGCGGUGCCUCACCAAGACGCUCAGUUUGGCCAAAUCCAAGUCAAUUUCAGGCACGUGCAUCAAAAUCGAGCGACUCUACCGUGACAGCUGCAAUAGUCUCGUGGGGCAUGGCGAAUUCCAUGUCGCGGGCGUCGCCUUGAUUGAACUCGCGGCGCUCUUGACCGAGUGGACGGUGCCGCUCAGCGCUUCGUCCGAUACUGAGACAACCGAGACGCUGGAGCACAUCUCGAAGGCCUACUUGGAAGCUGCCCUCGUCUUGGAGGCCGCCGACACUGUCGUCGAUCGGCGACUUGCCUUCCAGAGCAGUCUCGCUGCUGGCAACCUCUUUGCAGAUGCAGCCAUGAGCAACGACACCGCACGCGACAUGUGGCUCGCCGCCGCGGAGGCCCAGUUCCGGUCCGUGGGUCUGGCGCAUAUCGAGAUCAACGUGUCGUGGGCGAAGGACGCAUUCGCCUGCGCUGUCUUUACCUUGCUCGGGCGCGCUGAUGUGCCUGGCGCCCAAGCUGCGUACAUUGCGUUUGACGAGCUGUGCAUGGCGCAUCUCACGCCGGUCGACCACCUCCUCCUCUCGGUCUUUGCCGCGUACGACAAGUGGCAAGUGGACAUGCUGCACGCUGGCGUCGCUGCGUAUGCGACGUCGGCCGAUCGGUUGCUUGGGUGGCAGGAACGCGCAUUGUCCCAAGUCACGACGCUUCUUUCGGCGCCGACGACAGACCUUCGCUGA